AUGCAUGGCAAGAAGGCUUCAAUCUACGGUUCCCGUCGCAGCCAGAAGUCUGCGCGACGCAACUGGAACACCUAUGGUGAGGAUGACUAUGAGGCCAACUAUGACUAUGAUGAGACUGCCAUGCCCAACGUGCCGGAAGAGACCUAUGAGAAUGAAGAUGAACAGAACCAAGAGUAUGAGCAGAACUAUGACGAUGUGGUUUACGAUGAAGGGACAGCUUUUGCUGCGACACUGACCCUUCUUGACGAGAUGGCCACUACGAUCAUGGAGCUCAAGAAGGUUCCUCCUGGAGAAUCCUUGGGCACCGAGUUCUGGGAGCAAGAUGAACUUCAACCUGUUCUGCAACUUCCAGGAGUUCAACUGCAGAAAGGCUCAAUGUGCAAUUUUGGACUUCGAGGUCGAGAUUUGCUGAAGAAGGUCGACAUCAGCAUGAAGAAUGCCUUGGUGGAAAUGCAAAGCGCGCCCAGAUCUACACGAAGAACCUUGCACAACCUGACACAAGAGCUGGAGAUGCCUGAGAUUGCCCUCACCAAGACCGCCUUCAUCAAGCACAACAAGAAGGCGACAUCAGCACAGAUGCCGAAGCAGAUGAGAGUCAAACAGCAUUGGCUCCGAGAGCAUGGACGGCAUCUCAAAAGUCCACUCUUGCAACGUGAGCGACACUGGCUUCGUCGACAUGGACGACAAUGCGUGCUGAUGCCUAUCGCCUAUCACGUCUUCCUCAACGACAUUGUCCACAAGAAGACGGCCUCUGCGGACCCUUUGGUCAAUAAUGAGGCCAAGCGUUUCCAACAAGAUCAACAACCAACUUGGGCAAGCACUUCAUGGCCGACAUCCAGCACACCCGUCUUCGACGCCAAGUUCACCGAAGUCGAGACCAUCACAGGUCUCAUGUCAAGCGGUGAUGAUGAAUGUGCUGGUGAUGAGGGAAUGGGGCGAGCUGCCAAACAAGCUUUGAAAAAGGAAACACCCUGGCGCUCCAUCAAUGCCCAGGACCGCCCUCACUUUGUCAAGGCCACAUAG